AAUCAACACCACCUGAAGAGGAGAAGAUGGGCAGACCAUUUGUUGUAUCAACUCUAUCUUGUGCGGUGAGUGUGGCAGUGUUAACCUGCGCACUAACUCUCUCUGUAACGGCUAUCCAUGGUUCCUACCCGGAAGACCCGAUAAUCCACCAAGUCACCGACUCGGGAAAUGAGCUCGUGGGAACCGAGAGAAGGUUCAGGAGCUUCAUGGAGAAGUACGGUAAAACGUACGGUAGCAGAGAGGAGUACGUCCACCGCCUCGGGAUUUUCGCCAAGAACAUGAUCAGGGCGGCCGAGCACCAGUUGCUGGAUCCGACGGCCGUCCACGGUGUUACCCCGUUCUCCGAUCUAUCAGAGGAGGAGUUCGAAAGUAUGUAUACCGGGUUUCAUGGUGGUGGUUUGGGGUUUGGCAAUGGGGUUUCGGAGACUGCACCGCCUUUGGAGGUUGGUGAUUUGCCGGAGAAUUUUGAUUGGAGAGAAAAAGGAGCUGUAACUGAGGUCAAGAUGCAGGGUAUAUGUGGAGCAUGCUGGGCCUUUAGCACAACAGGAGCUCUUGAAGGAGCUAACUUUAUAGCGACAGGGAAGCUUCUCAGUCUCAGUGAACAACAGCUUGUAGAUUGUGAUAACAUGUGCGAUGCACACGAGAAAGAUGCAUGCGACAAUGGCUGCAAAGGCGGCCUCAUGACAAAUGCCUACAAGUAUUUGAUUCAAUCAGGAGGGCUGCAGGAGGAAAGUUCAUAUCCUUAUACCGGGAAAAAAGGUGAAUGCAAAUUCCAACCGGAGAAAGUGGCCGUAAGAAUUGCCAAUUUUACCAACGUUCCGCUCGAUGAGAACCAAAUAGCUGCAAAUCUAGUCCACCGGGGUCCUCUUGCAGUGGGGUUGAAUGCUGUGUUCAUGCAAACUUACAUUGGUGGAGUGUCAUGUCCAUUAAUUUGUUUCAAGAAAAUGCUGAACCACGGUGUGUUACUGGUGGGUUAUGGUGCAAAGGGAUUUUCUAUUCUUAGACUCAGCGACAAGCCGUACUGGAUAAUCAAAAAUUCUUGGGGCAAGCAUUGGGGAGAACAUGGAUACUACCGUCUUUGCCGAGGCCAUGGGAUAUGCGGUAUCAACACAAUGGUCUCUGCAGUUGUAACUCAAAAUUAAAUCUCAGUGCCUCACCCUCAAUUACUAUUAGAAAUAUGUUUUCUUACCUGGUUUUUCUUCUCCUCCAACGGUGGCAUUAGUAUUAUAUAUGGUUAUUAUGCAUGUGUUUCUUUCUUGUUCUUUACUUGAGACACUUGUGUUAUGCAUAUGUACUAUUCAGAUAUAUGUGAUACACAUGUACCUUCAACAAUGAGACAGCUGUUUUUUUUU